UCUACGAGCGUGGCGGUUUCCUGGGCGAGCAGCAGCUGGGUUUACACGUCUAGCUAAAGAUACUGCAAGAUGCCAGACUGCACUCCAAGAUUGAAAUCAUUGUUGCUAGUCUUAGCAUUCUUCACAGCUGUGUGUGUACAAGCGGGCGACAAGUACGACGCUUUCGAGCAAGACAAACGACUGAGAGAGCAAAUUAAGUUGGAAAGAGCUGUAAAGUUGGCAGCUGCUCCAGCGGGUGCAUUUGAAGCUGGAACAGGCCAUAUUUCUCCUGGUACAAUGAAGGUACAGAGAGACCAACCUCAAUGUGAUACAAGCAGUCCUCCGUGUAUUGGCAUUAAUGCAGAUCGACCAUGCUACAUGGACAGACCUCGCUUUCAUUUUGCUGGUCGCUUUCGAUGUGAUAUUUCAACAAUCAACAAUGUAUUCAACAACUUCAACUCAGCCACAUUUUCUCCAGUGAACGAAGUGGUCAUGGAUAACAAUAAUGCUCGGUUUAAUCCAUUGGGGACUGCUGCUUUUGAUUUCUAUAACACAUACAUCACAAGUGUCUGCUCUGCUACUGAAGCUGACUGCUCGACGGAAGACCUUCUUGUUGGAAGCUCUAUUGACACAGCCAUGUCAGCUGUGAGCGCAAAAAUGGUUGAUAUUGAUGUAGAAAUGCAGUCUGCUUCAAAAAUAUUUGGGCUCAACCUCGGCGUGGACGGAUAUCUCAGCAAUCCACCUGUAAUGAAGGCAACCUUCCAUCCAGCUGCGUUUACCAAUCUCUGGCCUCUUGUUGUCAACAGCCAGGGAGGCUUUAUUGCUAUGGCAGCAAGGUAUCAAUCAUAUCUAAACGUCGACUGGAACAAUGAUCUGUUGGCAGAACCUGAUGAUCCAAACAAGGACAAAUAUAAAAUUUUGAGGCAAUUGAAAGAGACUAGUCCCGAUGUAUUGUCAGUCUCAUUCACAACUUACAUUUAUAACACAAAUGACAGCAACACAAAUUGGACAUACGGAUAUGUUGUAGGUACAGUCGGCCCUGGCACUGUUGCAGAACCAGAAAACUAUAUCCGUGAGCGUUUCUUUAGAUUUGCUGAUGGAGAAUCAUCAACCGGAGACAUAAUUUUUUCAUCUCAGUUUAAAGUCACAUCAAGUAGUUUGACUGUUGACUUUAGUAAUGCUUUAAGCAGACGACUGGUCGACGGUGACUUUGUCCUCAAUACAGAGGAUCUGGGAUCUGAAUUAUGUAUCUACACCCAAACAACUGACGCAGAACUUGGUCGAAUAGAGCUAUCAGAACAAUGGUUUCAGACAACAGCAGGAAUACAACAAUUCCAAUUACCAUCUCAGUACACUAAUUCAGUCAAUCAGGAAUAUUUGAAAGUUGUGAAAUGCACUGACCAAACUGUGCUAAUGGUUGAAACAGAAAAUGUCGUGAGACCGACAGACACAUUUGUACAAUGGAUGAAUCCUGGUGAAAGUGUAGACAAGACGUUUUUUGUCACAAAUAAAGGAGUGCCACAGUGUAAUUAUGCUAUCACAUUUCAAGUACACUUAGUACAGGAUAAUAUACCUUGGAACAAACGAGAGCAAGCCCGAAAUGCAAUAAAAGUCAAUGACAAGGAAACAGACACUGUAUACACAAAUUGCACUGGUUUUGCAACAGUCACCUUAACAGCUACUGAUCCAGGCAUACCUCGCGAUUUUGUAGAUGGAUGCGUGCUGGUAGUAAGCUUUACCAGUGAUGACGGUCUCUUUUCAGACAGCAGCUUGCUCAUACGUUUGUUCAGCGACUUCCCAUACGACAGCACUGCAAAGGGCAAGCCGUCUUGGUAUGGAGAAAAUGGCGUUUACAGCAUCUUUCAGCAGUAUGACAAUCUUUACCCAAUCAUGCGGAAAAUUGUAAGGCUAGGGGACUACAACAGUGUGACUGAUCCACGUAACAUUCAAUACAUCAAGAUGGCAAUGGAAUUACCAUUUGAUCACCCGAGUUUUAUGCCUGUUACGAGGGAUCUGUCUCAAAAGAAGAAGCAGAUGAUACUUGACUGGCUCAAUCAAGACUAUCCACCCAAGAAGGGCAAAAGAGGAAAGAUGGAAAUCGAGGACUUGCGAAAAAAUCUGCAGCUAGCCAUACAAGUUGAACAUUCGACUAUACCUGUCUAUAUGUAUGCCAUGUAUUCAAUUAAAGAAGGAUACAAUGAAGAGAUUGCAGAAAUAAUAAAGAGUGUUGCAAUAGACGAGAUGCUUCACAUGGCUUUAGCUGCAAAUCUUCUUAUUUCUGUUGGUGGGAGUCCCGACUUUGUCAGUCCCGAUUUCAUUCCUGUAUAUCCAAGCAGGAUGCCAGGAGGGCUGCAUCCAGCACUUGAACUCCGUUUGUCACCCCUCAGCAUCAGCCUGGUGAGAGAUGUAUUCAUGCACAUCGAAACUCCUAAGUAUCUGACUGAGGAGGAUGAACAUCCCCAUAAUGACACCAUCGGAGGGUUUUACAAAAGGCUGAGGAAGAACCUGAAGAGGUUAGAGAAAGAAGCAAAUGAACAGGGUGAAUCAAUUUUUGGACAUGCUGACCAGCAAGUACAGUAUAACCUGCCAGGCCACUUGGAGAUAUCUAAAGUUACAAAUCUAGAUGAGGCUUUAAGUGCUAUUGAUUUGAUUGCAGAACAAGGCGAGGGAAGUUCACAAAUUGACCCUCGAGAUGAGUAUGAACAACUAGCUCACUAUUUUAAAUUUAAAGAAAUAGUAGAAGGUCAUCACAUCUUCCGGAAGCCAAACGGCAAUCUAGAAUUUAUUGGUGCCCCAGUUACAUUAGAUAUGAAUGGUGUAUGGCCACUUCCCCAUAAUCCACGCACUUUUGAUUAUCCUAAAAAUUCAAGAGCACGAAUGCUGGCUGAAGGAUUCGGACGUCAUUACUUGGAUAUGCUCAAUCAACUACACAUCGUGUUUAAUGGUCAGCCAGAUGACAUAAUAUCUGCUUUCAGUGCCAUGUUCCUUCUUAACAUUCGCGCCAAAGAAAUGGUAGCUGUGCCAAUUAAAACAGGAGAACCCUCAUUGCAUGCUGGGCCAACAUUUGACAACCCUCUCCAUCUCUUCUAUGAAAGCAAAUAUCUCUGAAUUGGCCAGUCAGCAAAGAAAGACUGAUGUUGUCUCUAGGGUAUCUGCUGGCUGUUGCAUGUGUUGGUAGAUUGACUAGCAUCAUCUGUGUAUGUGUCAGCCAUUUGUGUCAGAAACUGAAUAGUUGAAUCAGAAUUCUUGGUAGGACAAUGUAGCUGUAACUAGUCCGAGUACAUAGUAGCCAGUUGAAUGUUCUGAUUUAUAAGCAGUUAACAUAACAAUCUUGAAUGUUCAA